AUGCCUCAAGAUGCAGAGCUGAUAGGCUCAUACCUUUCCUUGGGCUUACAAGCAUUAAUACCCAUAGCUUUAGGGUCAUUCAAAUCGCUUAAAACACCUGAAGAGACUAUACGAAAACGAAAAUCAUCUCGCAAGACUCAACUGUUAGAUGGAGAAGAAGACGAGGAAGAAGAAGAGGUUAUAGAAGAAACGCUCACUUGGACGGAUUCACUCCUUUUCCCUGUAUUUGGUUCGAUAGCUCUCCUUGGGUUAUUUUUGAUUUUGAAAUAUGUAGGAAAAGAAUGGAUAAAUAUUAUACUGGGCUUUUACUUCACGGGAGCUGGCAUGUUCGCUAUGCACUCUACCUUCUCGUCGAUUGUCAUAUGGUCACUCCUUGCGUUGGGUCGCAAACCUACGACUUAUCACAUUAGAAUUUCAGCUGGGAUUCGACAGGUCUUCCAUCUCCCAACCACACUCCCAUCUAUGAUACUCAUCCCCAUAUCCAUCGCUCUACCCCUUCUUUACAUCCCACUCGGGCGACCUUACAUCCUAUCUAACAUCCUCGCUCUGAGUCUGUCAACAGCGACAUUAGCAUUACUUAAGCUAGAUUCAUUCUUGACUGCUUUCGUAUUACUAGGCGUUUUGUUGAUCUAUGAUAUUUUCUGGGUUUUCGCUACUCCAGUCAUGGUCACAGUAGCCAAAUCAAUCGACGCACCCAUCAAGAUUCUCUCUCCCAAAUCAUCACCUUUCAGCCAUCCUAAAGAUUUCGCAAUGUUGGGAUUAGGUGAUAUAGUCGUACCAGGUUUAGUCAUAGCUUUAUGUCUGCGAUUCGAUUUACAUCGAUAUGCCAAAUCUCAUCCUCAGGAGGAAGUUACAACCAGAAGUAUAUUCCCAAAACCAUAUUUCUAUACGGGGAUGAUAAGUUAUGUGGUAGGAUUGGCGACAACUAUGGUGGUCAUGCAUACUUUCAGAGCGGCUCAACCUGCUUUGCUGUAUCUCUCUCCUGCUUGUACUCUCGGUCCUCUACUUUUUGCUGUUGUUCGAGGCGAGCUCAAAGAUCUUUGGGCAUGGUCCGACGCACCUGCCGAAGAAGAAGACAAGAAACUCUUAGACGAGACUAUCGAGGCAGCUUCCGAGGUGGCUAUGAAAGCGAGAGCCGAAGUCAAGGCUACUGAAAUCGAAGCCGCGAAGAAAGAAGGGGAAGUUGAAAGCAAUGGCAAUGGGAAUAGUACCACGCUGAUAGAAGAUGAUGAUAGCUGGAUGACAGGUGGAGUGGUCACUCCUGAUGAAGGCAAAGCGAGAAAACGUAAGAGUGGUAAAAAGAAGUAA